CAGGGACAGAAGUGGACGCAGAUGUGUUUGAGGAGCUUUUGCAAGCAGGGAACCUUACUGUUAUGGUGUCCACUGAACAAUCAAGAGGAACACUUCUAUGACCCACAGAGUGGAUCUGGCUAUUUGGCCUGGAGGCUAAAGACCAUCCAGUGCAACACUUCGCCUCUGUGCCAGAAACUCUCCACCAGCAAUACCAAUCAAGAUAGUCCAAAGAGAAAGAGGGAGUUUCGUCUGACUGACAUGCAACUGCUUGGAGAGGAUUGUCAUGAAGCAAUAUCCUUUAUGAAGCAUCCAACUGAUGCAUCGGUUAUCAAAGAGAAGAUGAGGGCCACAUUUUAAUAUCGCCAGUCACUCGUUCAGGAUCAGCAACAGUCAUCAACAGUCUUGGAUGUGUUCUCACGAUUCCCCGACACCCCUGGCUUGAUUGAAAAAGACUUCACCAUGAUGUUUGGAGAGGAAGUGUCAGGCAGAUAUUUGACAAAAUGGCCCACUUAUUUCAAACCCAGGAUCCUGGCAGACUGCAAGAUCCUGACUUCUAAUGAGCAUAUUGAAGAACUCAUGUGUGCACAGCAAAACUCUGAUGGGACUGGCUUGGACAGUGACCUGCCAAGUAUUUUACUGCUGGUUCACCUGCUUCCACCUACCUCCAAAGGCCACAAGAAGAGUGCCAAAAUAAGCUCAUAUCAAGCUGUCGACCAUGUUGUGAGAUAUCUGCAGAUUGAAAUCAGUGUUGAAACCUUCCUUGCAGGUGUGAAGUCAGGACAGCCCUUCCUCCUGAGUGUUGGUGAGCAGAGGAACAACAUCCAAAGGUCAUCCUUGAUCACAAGCCCAUCCCUUGCAAAGCACAAACAUCCCUGGCAGCUUUUGAUGAGCUCUUCAAAGCACACUUCAUCUUCAGUGUCAACUACCACAAAUCUCUCUACAACUUUUACACAUUCAUCCAAACCACAGUGUUCAACAUCAACGUUGGAAGUGCCAAAGCAAAUCCCAGAGUCAGGCAGCUCAGAGCUUGAGGUGAUAAAUAUCCUUGGAUGCAAAUAUGUUGAUUUGCUUUAUGUGUAAGGCACACCACAAAAGUUCUGCACUGCUUUGUCAGCAUUUAAGGCUCCAUCAUGGUUUAUAUCCUUGGAAAAGUGCACUUUGCACUUUUUCAGGUUUCAAGAAGCACCUUAAUAAUUUCCACAGGAACAUUUAUUUGACUAAUACUGUUGACAACAUGGACAUUCAUAAUAAAGCUGAUGAACCCUCAUGUUCUCAAGCAGUCAGUAUAGACACCCCAUUUGCCGCCCAACGGUCUGUUGAGAAUCAUCAUGUGUUAAAUAUGUGUGGUUCUAUUGUAGCACAGCUACAAGCACAUGGUGUUGGUGAAAGCACAGUAUAAGCAAUAGUAGAAUCCAUGGAGGAACUUGUAAAGGACAUUCAUUGUCAAGUUAAAGAGGCAGUUCACAGCUGUAUUUCAGACAUUCAGGGUACAGAUUUGGAAGAGAAGGUGGAAAAGUGUUUUGAGCAACUUGAAAAUCCUUUCUCAGUCUUCAACACGAGCAAAACGGUAGAAGUUCUUUGAGGAAAAGUUUAAAAUAGUUGAACCAGAUGAAAAUGUUCUUGGGAUGUGGUAUGAUCACAGAGAUUGAACAACAGGAGUUUACACACAGAUCCCUGUAACAGAUAAAUUUGUGUACGUGCCAAAACUUGGGAACCCUUACAUCUAUGUUCAAGAACAGUGAAAUAUGUAAACAUUUCUUGCAAGCCAAACAACAGGAAGAAGGCAUUUAUAGAGACAUACACUAUAUUGCCAAAAGUAUUCGCUCACCUGCCUUGACUCGCAUAUGAACUUAAGUGACAUCCCAUUCCUAAUCCAUAGGGUUCAAUAUGACAUAUUGAAGCUAUAACAGCUUCAACUCUUCUGGGAAGGCUGUCCACAAGGUUUAGGAGUGUGUUUAAGGGAAUUUUUGACCAUUCUUCCAGAAGCACAUUUAUGAGGUCACACACUGAUGUUGGACGAGAAGGCCUGGCUCUCAGUCUCCGCUCUAAUUCAUCCCAAAGGUGUUCUAUCGGGUUGAGGUCAGGACUCUGUGCAGGCCAGUCAAGUUCAUCCACACCAGACUCUGUCAUCCAUGUCUUUAUGGACCUUGCUUUGUGCACUGGUGCACAGUCAUGUUUUAAGAGGAAGGGGCCAGCUCCAAACUGUUCCCACAAAGUUGGGAGCAUGGAAUUGUCCAAAAUGUCUUGGUAUGCUGAAGCAUUCAGAGUUCCUUUCACUGGAACUAAGGGGCCAAGCCCAGCUCCUGAAAAACAACCCCACACCAUAAUCCCCCCUCCACCAAACUUUACACUUGGCACAAUGCAGUCAGACAAGUACCGUUCUCCUGGCAACCGCCAAACCCAGACUCGUCCAUCAGAUUGCCAGAUGGAGAAGCGCGAUUCGUCACUCCAGAGAACGCGUCUCCACUGCUCUAGAGUCCAGUGGCGGCGUGCUUUACACCACUGCAUCCGACGCUUUGCAUUGCACUUGGUGAUGUAUGGCUUGGAUGCAGCUGCUCGGCCAUGGAAACCCAUUCCAUGAAGCUCUCUGCGCACUGUUCUUGAGCUAAUCUGAAGGCCACGUGAAGUUUGGAGGUCUGUAGCGUUGGCUAAGUUGGCGACCUCUUCUCACUAUGCGCCUCAGCAUCCGCUGACCCCGCUCCAUCAGUUUACGUGGCCUACCACUUCGUGGCUGAGUUGCUGUCGUUCCCAAACACUUCCACGUUCUUAUAAUACAGCUGACAGUUGACUGUGGAAUAUUUAGGAGCGAGGAAAUUUCACGACUGGAUUUGUUGCACAGGUGGCAUCCUAUCACAGUUCCACGCUGGAAUUCACUGAGCUCCUGAGAGCGACCCAUUCUUUCACAAAUGUUUGUAAAAACAGUCUGCAUGCCUAGGUGCUUGAUUUUAUACACCUGUGGCCAUGGAAGUGAUUGGAACACCUGAUUCUGAUUAUUUGGAUGGUGAGCGAAUACUUUUGGCAAUAUAGUGUAUGUGAUGGCUCAUAUUUCAAAACAGUUUGUUUUCUUUUAUGAAACAUGCUCUACAGUUUCAACUUUAUUAUGAUGAGUUUGAGACUGCAAAUCCCUUAGGUUUAAAGAAAGGGAUAUACAAACUUUGUAUUUACUUUGUAUUGAGAAACCUGCCUCCAAAAUUUAAUUCUGUGCUAAUCAAUAUUCAUGUUGUGGCACUCUUUUACUCACAAGAAGAAAUAUGGAUUUGGUGAUAUACUAAGACCUCUCAUUGAUGAUCUUAAAACACUUGAAACCCAAGGAAUUGAAGUGCCUUUCUCUGACUCACGUUUGCUAGGUUCUGUUAUACAAGUAACAGGUGAUAAUCUAGGUUUACAUGGACUGUUUGGUUUUGUUGCGUCCUUCAGUGGUACAUAUUGCUGUAGAUUUUGUUUAACCAGUAAAAAUGAGUUACAGUCUGCCUUCACUGAAGAUGACCCUGGCAUGAUUUUUCGUGAAAAAAGAAACAGCAUUGUGCAUCUCUACAGAAAAAUCCAAAGUUGGAUUCAACAUUUGGCAUCAAAAAGACAUGCUUGCUCAAUACAUUGCAUUUUUUCCACACUUCUGAUAACUAUGCAGUUGACGAUUUGCUUGAAAGUGUAGUGCAGUAUGAACUGAAACUUGUAUUUCAAUACCUUGUUAACCAGAAGUAUCUGUCUUCGGAAGCAUUGUCACAGAGGAUCCAAAGUUUCAAUUAUGGGUAUAGUGAGAGAAAAAACAGACCAAGUGGGGUGAAAAAGGAUCUUGGACUAAAUGCUAUUCAGUCUUGGUGUCUUGUGAGAAAUCCUUUUAUUUUUGGUGAUGUAGUGGAAAGAAAUAACAGUUACUGGAACCUGCUCCUCCUAUUAAUUCAGAUUGUGAAUAUUGUAUUUUCACCAGUUAUAACAGAUGGCAUGGCAUACUAUUUGAAGCACUUGAUUAAUCACCACAAGCUGUUCAGGUCUUUGUUUCCACAAAAAAGGUUUAUUCCGAAGCAUCAUUUCAUGAUACAUUAUCCACGUUCAUGUAUGGUGCAUGAGGUUUGAGGCCAAACAUUUUUUUUUAAAAGAUCUGUGAAGCAUUUCAAAAACAUCACAAAAUCCCUGGUGAAACAAUAUCAAAGACAACUAGCUUACCACUAGGAGAAUUUUAAUUUUCAGAGAUUUGAGUUUUGUCCAGUGAAGACGGUGAACAUUAAUAACCUGGAGGGUGGUGACAUUUUAAGUGCUCUUUUUAAUAUUAAUGCAUACUGUGAAGUGUCAACCACUAACUGGGUGAAGAACUAUGGAACAGAAUAUCAGAUUGAUAUGUUUGUUUGUGUUAGAACAAAUAUGGAAAUAUCCUGAAAUCAGAAAGAUCACCAACACCAUUAUAAGUUAUGAUCAAGCUUUCAUUCUGACUUGCAGAGUGGACCCUCUUUAUUUUGAUGAUCAUUUGAAUGCAUACUGUGUAGAGGACAGAGCAGAUUCAGAGCAUGCUGUUUUUUUCACUUAAGGAGUUACAGACCUUAUGACAGACAGUUUUCUAAUGUGAUGAAUGAAAAAACAUACAUUGUGCCACAUUGUCAUAUCGUGUGAAGUGUAUUUUUGUGGAGUGGUUCUGUUGUUGGGACAAAGCAGUGCUGUUUAUACUGUAUGGUGUGCUUGUAUGUGGUGUGCUUGUUUGAAAGUUGAUUUAUUUGAUUUGUUCUGUUGAUUUGUACAUUUUGUUCUAAAUUUUAGUAUGUAUUGUUUGUG